AAUAAUAAGAAUAUUCCAAUCCAGGCAAUAGGCCUCUCUCUUUACGAAGAUCUUGCCACAUCGGAUUCAUCAUCAGAUCCUGAGAUAAUUGGGGCACAAGUGAUAAAAACUCAAUGGCUUCAUUUCGGACCAUCAUAUGCCGAUACUUGUCCAUUACUCGGUAAAAACAUCCUUAUCGUAGAUGAGGUUGAUGAUACUCGCACAACUCUUGCAUAUGCAAUUCGAGAACUACUUAAAGAUAUUGAAGAAGAGAAACGUAAAUUUAUAGAAGCAAAUGCAGCAGGAACACCUGUUCCGGAAACUAAAUUGGCAGUAUUUGUACUUCAUAAUAAAAAGAAGGAAAAACUAAUGGAAUUACCAGAUCCUAGUAUAGUUAAUGAAGGCAGAUAUUUUGCCGCAGAAGAAUCACCUGAUAAAUGGUUGGUUUAUCCUUGGGAAGCUAUUGAUAUUGAUGAACACACGAUAAAAAGUUCAUUGCGAAAAGAAUGA